CAUCAUCUUCCAUUCCAUUCCUUCCCAUCACAGUCACAGACACAGUCAAAACUCAGUGCGAAAGUGAAACGUCAGAUUUAUCGAGCGUGUAAUUUGUUAAACGUUUUGUGAGAUUUAUGACAACGUCGAAAGUGACAACGACAACAACAACGACAGAUUAAAUGCCAUCCAAGUGCAGUGUGCGGCAGAUGCGGUGCAUAGUGUAUCCUGUAUUGUGGCUGGCGCUGAUCGCCGCUGGGCGAGCACAGCUGCCCAGUGCUUCCUUCCAGCAGCCCUUCCAGCAGGCUCCGUUCCAGCAGCAGCGACAACAAGGAUUGCAGCUGCAACAGCAGUCGUCCUUUCAACGGCAGCGACAACAGGCGCCGGGACAAGGCAUCUUUCCGGCUCAGGGUACUCCGUUAAAUCCCCUCAAUCCACUCAACCCUCUCAAUCCACUGACGCCAGGCAUCACUCCACUUGGGGCUGCCGUACAGAAUCCCUAUCGAUAUAAUCAGUACAGUCAGCAGCAGAACUACGUCCCCAUAACGGCCUAUCAAAACGAACUCAACCUGGACGGAAGCUUCUCCUACGGAUACGCAACUGCCGAUGGCACCACGGCUCAGGCUCAGGGCUAUGUCAAGAACCUGGGCUAUGGCGAAGGAGUCGAGGCGCAGGUCAUUCAGGGUUCAUAUUCGUACACCUCGCCUGAGGGAACGCCAAUUACCGUGCGGUAUAUUGCGGAUGAGAACGGUUUUAGAGCGGAGGGUACUGGCAUACCGACCACGCCCCAAUACUUUGCGGGCGCACAGCCCUAUCAACAGGGUGUGCUGAAUCCCAAUUUGAAUCCCUAUCAGACGCCAUAUCGGCAGCUGCCAGCGGCAACAUCGGCAUUUCGUCCUGCUCCUGGUCAACAAUUGACGCCACUCCAACAGCAGCAACAACAACAACAACAACAACGCAGCUUUCAGAAUUCCGGACAAUAUCAACCGGAGCAACCUUUUAAUACAUUGAAUUCGGGUAAUUUGCCAGGCCAAUAUGCUGGUCAGUUUGGUCAACAGCUUGGCAGCAAUUUAACACCACAACAACAGCAACAGAAUCUGAACCAACAACAGAAUCCUAACCAACAACAGAAUCUUAACCAACAACAACAACAACAGCAGAAGGAUCAGCGCAAUGAACAACAACAACAGCAACAGGCAUUAAUCACUCAGCAGUUGAGAGGCAGACCAAAUCAGCUGGUGGAUCCCUUUGGAUAUAAUCAGUACAACAGACGCUUUAAGAAGUCAUCUGAGAACUUUCCGAAAACCACUUAAUCUAAUAUUUGUGUUGUUUGUUUUAAAUAAUUCCAAAUCGAAUUAAUGGCGAAUUAGAAUUAGUCGAUUUAGUCGCAUUCAAAUGCAUGAAAUACAUGCCCAUGAAAAACUAA